CACGCCCCUGUCAGUCCUUCAAAAUGAAGCCUAGUGCGCCGUGCGUCGGUCGAACAAGCAGAAGCUGCUUUCCAGGUGAGCAGCACAAGUUUGCAGUAGGACGUUGACCCCUCCUCACAGAACCGAAGGGCUGGGAACAUAAUGAAUGGCAACUAUCAACUCUUCUGUAUUGUCUACAUAAUUGGAAAAUGAGUUACGGAGGGACAAUUAUGCUUCUGCUAUGAUUUUGAUUUUGCCAUCAUCUGCAAAUUUCACAAGUUUACUAACUACACCGCAAUUAAUAUAAUUAAUAUACAGUAAAUCAGAAAAAGUAAUGGUCCAGGACAGACCCCGAUUGGCUCCAUUGAUGACGUCACUCCACGUGGAGCAUUCCUCUCUUAUCUCCCAGUUCUCCAACUUGAGACCCAGUUUUGUUGGAUCUUCGGUGUGGGACUGCAGAGAAGGCUUUUUGGAAGUCAAGAAUGAAGAAGAGAAGACAUGCCUUUCUUCCGAAUAGAUGGAGUCACGUGUUAUUUAUUUUGGUCCCAGGAUGUUUUAUAUUGUUUCUUUCUGGACUUGUACCUUUCAAGAAAAGAACUUUUCUUGGUGAACCUACCUGGAGUGCCUCUGAUUUUCCAGAAGCCCAGUUUCUGUGGGAACAUAAUAAUGUGAACUGUACCGCCAUCUACCAUCUUGAUCCUGUGGAGAUUGGCAAGUCCUUGGAAAUACAAAAGAGAAAUAAUAUUCAUUCAGAAGAUAGCAAUAUUCUGGCCUUAACAGCUAACUGCCAAAGAUAUUUGCAACUCAGGAAAUAUUCAGACAAGCCAGUGUCUGAGGAGGAAUAUCAGUUUCCACUGGCCUACUCUUUAGUGGUGCACAAGCAGGCUGAGAUGGUGGAAAGAAUCCUUCAUGCCAUCUACAUGCCUCAAAACAUCUACUGCAUACAUUAUGACAUGAAAUCUUCUCCAAAGUUCAUAAUUGCUGUCAGAAGCCUGGCCAAUUGCUUCCCUAAUGUUUUUAUCGCCUCCAAGCUGGAAACUGUCCACUACGCUCACAUGACCAGGCUCAAAGCUGAUCUAAAUUGCCUGUCAGAUCUUGUCCAUUCCCAAGUCAAGUGGAGAUAUGUCAUUAACUUGUGUGGUCAGGACUUUCCUCUGAAGUCCAACUUUGAGCUGGUGUCCGAGCUUAAGAAGCUCAAUGGCUCCAACAUGCUGGAAUCGUCCAGGCCAAGUGAUUUAAAAAGGCAGCGUUUUGCUUUCCAUCAUGAGCUGCAAGAUGUGUCGUUUGAAUAUAGCAAGAUGCCCGUUAAGACAGAGCGAGUCAAAGAUCCUGCACCCCACAACAUUGAAAUGUUUAUUGGCAGUGCCUACUUUGUUCUAAGUCGGGGGUUUGUUGAACACAUGCAAGGAAACCAGCUGGUGAAUGACUUUUUGGCAUGGUCUGAAGACACAUACUCUCCUGAUGAGCAUUUCUGGGCCACUUUAGUGCGUGUUCCUGGUGUGCCAGGGGAGAUCCCCAGGUCUGAUCCCGAUUUUACGGACUUAAUGAGUAAAACCCGGCUUGUGAAAUGGAAUUACCUUGAGGGGAAUCUGUAUCCCCCCUGUACUGGCAAGCAUGUGCGCAGUGUUUGCAUCUAUGGAGCUGCAGAGCUCCGCUGGCUAAUUGGUUACGGCCACUGGUUUGCCAACAAGUUUGAUCCCACCAUGGACCCCAUAAUGCUCAAAUGUUUAGAAGAGAAACUUGAACAAAAUCAGCUGGAGCUGGUUAGUCUGGCCAACCGAUGACGAUGGAGGAAACACCUUUCUGCCUUAAGGACUUCAGAAUAAGCCAUGAUUUUGCAGAACGUUUGAUUGUGUGAAUUUCACAAAUUAAUUUAAAUUAUUUUGUAUUUUUUAAAACAAAAUUGUAUAUUUUUCUAUUUAUGGUUAUUCUGUGCUGUGCCUUUCAAAUUAUAUUUAUUGGCAUUGGUAAUGGCCUACUAAAGAAACUGAACGUUUGUA